AUGACCAAGUUGCGUAAACGAGGUCAAGUCACUUUUGGGCACAUCACUGGUGCCGACUUAUUCCAACACUCCGGAUCUCUUACUCGGUCAUCCAAAGAAAAGAAGCAAAUAAAUCACCUUAUUUCUGGUGACGCCGCCGACGUUCAUUCACAUAAGGCUCAUGUCUCUUUAUCGUUCUCCCGCAAGCAGAAUCAAUCACAGCACCAUUCGCACCAAGUUUCUCAGCUUCAUCAACUAAAACCAAAUGAACAGGAAAGAGAGUCAUCUUCUUCCCACUCCUUCGAGGCUAUCAGUAACCCGGAUGACUCAAAGUCGCCCAUUCCAGCACCUCAAACAGGAGGCCUACUUCUGCCAAAUGAUUCUGGACAGUGUGGACCAACGCUUUCUGGUGUCAGUCGUUCAAAGACAAGUAUAAAAGCAAGGAAAACAAAGAGGUUUGGCCCCGGACUUGUUAAUUGUGUUAGCACUAAUAGCCAUAAGAAAGCAUGCAUGCACUCAUCCGUAAGCAUGGACGUCUUCGUGUAUGCGCACAUACUGCGCCACAGAUAA